GUCACCGCUGGACCCGGCGGAUCCGCUGCGCGCGCCGAGCGUGCACUGGUUGAAGACAGGCUUGCUUGAGCAGAUGGAAGAUGCAGGCUUCGACCGGCAUGGCACGGUCAGGGAGAUCGAGGAACUGAUCAUCCGUGCAAAAGGGUGUGGCCUAUCUUGCCCGGUGGACGGACGACUUGGAAGUGCAUAUGUCGACACCAUCACGGGCAUAGACUACGUCGGUUCAGCGACGCAGAUGCUGAGCUACACCUGGGACUAUACGAUAGCUGACAUUGUCGACUCUUUGGCGGAAUUCUGCACCAGCCGAAUGCUCAAGCCAAAUCGAACCUACGUCUGGAUAUGUGCUUUCUGCGUCAACCAACAUCGAGUUCGGGAGGCUCGAGCGAAGAACGAGGUGGUCCCCUUCCACAAGUUUGCCGAAGAGUUCGGCAGUCGAGUGAAGGGAAUCCGCCACGUCCUGGCCCUCAUGGGGCCAUGGCAUGAGCCCAGGUACGUCAGCAGGGCGUGGUGCUUGUAUGAGAUGUCCGUCGCACUGAACAUCGAGGACUGCCGACUCGAAGUUCUCAUGCCGCCGCGGGAAGCUAAAGGCUUUACCGAAGCGUUGAUGGUCCGCUGUGAUGCCCUGCAGGAACUGCGUGCCAUCCUCUCCAGAGUGUGCGUGCUGCGUGCGCAAGCAUCCGUGGAGGCAGACAAGGCCAACAUCAUGCGCUGUGUGGAGCAAGGGAUUGGCCUGCAUAACCUCAACGAGCGUCUGCGCCGGAACCUUCGCUUCUGGUUUCUGGCCCGAGCAGAGGAUGAAGCAUCGGUGUCCGUGCAGUGCAUUGAGAAAAAUCUUUGUACGAGGCCCCGCUGCGGUAUCCUUCAAGUUUGCCACAUGUUGGCGGACCAUGGCCAGGUCGAUCGCGCGCUUCGGCUGCUCCGAUGUGCCCUGAAGGAAGCGCAGGCCAAAAAUCCCCUCAGUGAGGCCGUUGUGGAUUUCAAUGCUGCAAUUGGAGCGCUGCUGCCGCGUCAGGGUGACCUGACCCAGGCUGCGGUACACCUGCAUCGUGCCUGCAUUUGCGUGAGCCGCACCAGCGGCACUCUGUGA